AAAAAAUUUAGUUGUUUAACUUUAACCCCUCAUAGAGUGGAGAGAGAUAAGUGGCAAGCCAGAACUCUUACCUCGUUCUAUACACAAGCUCAAAGGUUUGGAGGUUGUUGAAAAUUGUUACAAAUCAUGGAGAAGACUGCGAACCAUUUAAACAACGAUGAUAGCAAAGAAAAAGAAGCACCUCAGCUUACUGCGUUGUUGAAAGAAAUGAAGGAAGGACUUGAUGCCGUUCGGCAUAAAAUUCAAUCUUUAACUGCCAAGGUGAAAGAAGGUCAAUAUCCUACAGCAGAUGGUUUUAGCUAUCUUGAAGCUAAAAAUUGGCUGCUUUUGAAUUAUUGCCAAUCCCUUGUUUAUUAUUUGUUGCGGAAGGCUAAGGGGCUUUCAGUAGAAGAACAUCCUGUUGUUCGAAGUAUUGUAGAGAUAAGAUUAUAUUUAGAAAAGAUUCGGCCAAUUGACAAAAAGCAACAAUACCAAAUCCAGAAACUAACUAAAGUUAGUGAAAAUGCUACCAGAAAUGAUAUUCCAAGCGAGAAGAAGCUAGUUGCAUCUGAUAAGAGUGAGGAUGUGUCAAAGUAUCGUCCAAAUCCUGACAUGCUUGUUAGCAAAUUAGAUUUAACCUCUCAGGAUGGUCAGGAUUCGUAUCGUGCUGUAAAAUUUGCCCCUACUUCUAUGGAUCUUGAUAAAGUUUCAAAGCACGAAAGAAAGGCGUUGCGAAGAGAAAAAGAGAUUCUGAAACAAGCUAAGCAGAGUGAUUAUAUCAGGACAUUGAUGAAUGAUAUGGAGGAAAGACCUGAAGAGAUAAGAGAUUUUGAGGGAACUAGCAGGGAAGUCGAUAGACAUAUUGCCAAGAUGGAGGAGCGCGCUCGGCAAGAGGAGGAGCUGUUCAAUCGUGUUCCUCUUACAAAAGAGGAGAGGAAGAGAGAAAAAUACUUGAAGAAAUCAAGAUUUGGGUCGCAAGGUCUAACCGAAAGUUUCUUUGAUGAAGUCAAAACAUUACCCUUUGAAGAUAAAGCAGGGGACCAAGUAAUGGGUUCUAAUAACGGUAGCAGCAGAAAUGGGAGACUGAAGAAGCGAAAGAGGAGACACUGAAGAAAAUUUGCAUUUCAGCUUACAGCACUGAACUUCUAUCUGAAAACGGACCACUUCGUGCUGUUGGAGGAAGUAAUGUUAGAUUCAAUGCAAGGGAAUGUAAAAGCUAGAGUUAGUAUUGAGGCAUUCCUCCCCGUUUAUUUGACUUUCCUGGUUCCCGUUGAUUUCUAGGUGCGAGGUGUGGAACUGUUUCUAAACUAGUGGGAUUUUUUAUUUUAAUAUUUUAUUGUCUUUUUUGUUAUUAACGUAAUCAUCAUCCUAAUCGGCUCGGGUGCUUGGGUUAUCGAGAACAUGGAUUGGAGAUUAUAAAAGAAAUGAAAUGAGUGUUUUU